AUGUAUACAGAUGCUACACUUGCUCUGGCAAACAUAAAGGGACUGGCAUACAAGGGAGACAUAAGGAAAGUAAUUGAUGAAGCUAAAACAAGUAAUAUGCCUGACCUCGGAAAUGUUCUUUGUAGAUGGUACGAAGAAAAAUCCUUAUCACUGGAGAAUACGAUUCAAGAACUACACAAAGGAAUAAAAGAACUCCAAUCAAAAUAUGAACAAGAAACUGCAGAAUUAAAGGAACGUUUAAAAGUUGUUACAGAAAACACUAGAAGUACAAAGUCAAUGAUCUAUAAAAGUUCCCGAAAGCAAACGGAUUCCUCAGGUAGAAAGAGCAAACGUUUCAAAACAGUUGAUAACCAACUGGAUAUAAUGAGAAACAAGUUUUCAGAAACUAUGGCGUAUGGUAUACCAAAGGAUUACAGCGAUGAAACCGAGACGAUUAAAACUAUCAUUAAACAGCUUCGUAACUACCAUCGCGUGGUUGUGUGCGGCAGCAACGAUAGUGCAUAUCUACAAGCAGCAUUGAUAUCUGUGGACAGUAUGAACUAUGCUAAUGAAAGAUGUUUUGAGUUGACCAGAGCAAGAGACUGGUGGAGUAUUGGCUCCGACGAAGCCGAUGUUACCCUCGUAGUCCAUCCAUUCGGAAGGGGGACAUUUGACCGUCAAAGAGCGUCAAAGAUGUCAGAGAUUUUCGAUAGCAUCUUGUAUUCAGUUGACAACUCAGAGUAUGGCUUCUUUGAUGUUGUGAUAGUGACUGAAAAGUCUUUGUUGGAGGAAUUUCGGAAACAUUUUCCACAUAAGCUUAUUGAAGAUGCAGUGACUGUCUAUACAGCAGAUGCUGACGAAACUAUUGAUCUAAGUAAAGGUAUUAUUCAAUUUUUUAUCCCUUUCUAA